AUGGAAAAAUAUAGUGAGCAAGAUGCUAAGUUAGAUGAAGAAUUUAAUGAAACAUUGCAUCGGAUAAGGCAAAUUUUGAAGAUUAAAUCAUUGGAUGAUAUAAAUUUAUGUGAAUCUUGGUUAGAAAAAUUAAAAACUGCUAAAAACCAGCGAGUUUUGAGAAAUAAAUAUAUACUUGAAUUAUAUCGGUUGAUAAAAGCUGGUAGCUUGACUGGAAUAUUCAAAGAGUUUCCUUCAAAGUCCGUUUUGAUGUCUGUUAAUUAUUCUGAUGAGGUUAAUCCUGAUUCAGUUUCAAGUGUCAUUGAGACCAGCAGUUCAGAAAGUGAAAGAAAUUCUUCAAGAGAGAUUAAAUAUCCCCGAGAUCAAAGCAAUGGAUGCAAAGCAUCAUCUUAUAAAAUGCAGCUAGCUACUUCAAAAAAAAGGAUACAAUUUCUCGCGGACGUUGUCAAUGAAUUGCAUGAACAAAAUGAUAGAUUGAAACAAAAGUUGAAGAAAUGUAACACUGACGUGAGUACGGACUUCAAUAAAAUAAUCGAGAAACAAAAAUUUGAAGUAGAAGAGUUGAAAUCAAGGUUAGAGAAAGCUGAGUUUGAUGGAAAGGAGUUGGAAAAAAAUCAUAGAGAUAUUGUCGAGCAGUAUAAAGGUACUAUGCUGGAACAAAUCAGUGAAUUUAAGAGCUGUUUGCAGACUGAACAGGCCAAGAAUAUUCAGCUGAUUGAUAGGAUAGCGGUUCUGACGCAAGAAGUUGAAGCGCUGAAGCUCGAGAAGCUAAAUGAAGUUAAAUGUGUUGAGAAAAAAUAUUUCGAUGAGUUAGAGUCGAAUAAAUCUCACUAUGAGACGCUGCUCAAGGAAAAGGAACAAGAGAUUCAGGUUCAAAUGGGAAUUGUUGGUCAAUUGAAAGAAGAAAUUUUUGCUGCGGCGAGAAAAGUUCAAGAUAUGGAGGAUAAAUUGCAGAUUAAAUUGGAAAAUGAAAAUAAAUUACAAGAUAUACUUACUGAUCAGUAUUCGUCGAUUAAAGAAGAAUUUGUGAAGAUAAGAAAUGAAAUGCAGCUUGCUAAUGAACAUCAUCAACAUUAUCUCGAGGAAAAAGUAUCAAAGUUGAAGAAAAACCUUUUAAAAGUUGAGGUAUCAAAGCAUAAAAUGAGUUCUCAGUUUAAAAGAAAAAUAUUUGAAGUUUUAAAGACUAAAGAAUUGGAAAUCACGACACUGCAAAUGCAAAUCGAAGGACAGAAAAGUGGAUCUACUAAUUCUGUUACUUUAGAAAAACAAUCUGAAGUUAAUAAUAUUUUUAAUCAGGUGCAAGAGAGUUAUAAAGAAGCUUGGGCUUCCAAUGAAGCUGUGGUUGAUAUUCAGAAGCAACAAUUUCUCCAGAAAAUUAUAGAGCUGGAGAAUCAAAUAAGAAACAUAAAGAACGGACUAAUGGAAAAAGAAUUUUAUGUUUAA